GGCACACUGCACCAGUGUGUCAUAGUCUGUAUCUCAUCUUGCUCUGUUACCGAAACUUCUGAUCAGCCAGCCAUCCAAAUCCUCUCAGUCUGGUGAACAGAAACGGAAACAAGGGAAGGGAGAAAAUUACAGAGGAAGGGGGUGUAUGGGGUAAUUUGUUCAGUGGUGUAAAGUAGUAAGAGGGAAGGCUGCAGGGAAAUGUGGGCUGGGUUACACUGGCACUUAAAAAGAAGCUUGCGUUGACUCCUGUGCAUUUCACCAGCAGCCAGGCUGGGAGGCAAAUAAGGGACGAGUGAAGGAGUGGAUGAGACAACAGCUUCAGGGGGAAGGUGUACUCUCACUUCAUUGAAGCAAGUGUAUUUUUAGCCCUUCCACUCAACUACUUCACUUCACAGCUUUUUCUUCCACUGUGUCUUGGUGGGGGCUAGCCAUGGGUACUGGUUUGGACAGGUUUCUGUGGUCAGUACUGCUGCUGCUGCCAGUCUUUGGGCAAUCUGAGGCUCUGCCAGAAAGCUGGCUGCCUGGGGAAUAUUCAGACACCAUCAGUGAUGCACAAAGGUUCCUCAGUGACUACAACAGCACCGCCGAGGAGGUGUUUUUCCACAGUGUCUCUGCCAGCUGGAACUACAACACCAACAUAACAGACCACAACUCAAAGCUUCAGGUAAGUGCAUCUCUUGAAGAACAGGCAUUCGUGGAGGCAUGGGGGAUCAAGGCUAAGCAGGUCUUCUCUUCUGGAGUUCUCGACACCCUUCCUGACCCUAAAGACAAAAAAUUGAUGGAAAAGAUCAUGCUACUCGGUGCUGCCAACCUUCUCCCGAAAGAAAGAGAGGAGUAUAACACCAUUCUGAGCACCAUGGACAAUAUUUAUUCGACAUCUAAGGUGCACCCACAGCCAAACAUCAGCUGGAGUCUGGAACCUGAGCUCACAAAGAUCAUGGCUAACUCCAGGAGCUACAAGACGCUGCUGUAUGCCUGGGAGGGCUGGCACAAUGCGUCAGGCGUGCCACUCAAACAGUACUAUCCAAGCUUUGUGGGGCUCAGCAACAAAGCCUCGCGAGCUGAUGGAUUUCAGGACACUGGAGAUGACUGGCGCUCUUGGUAUGAGACUGAAACUUUUAGGCAGGACUUGGAAGAAAUCUACAAGACCAUUGAGCCGCUCUACCUGAAUCUGCACGCCUUUGUGCGCCGCCAGCUCUACAACCAGUAUGGCCCCAAAUACAUCAACCUUAAAGGACCUAUCCCUGCUCACUUGCUAGGAAAUAUGUGGGCCCAGACCUGGAACAACAUUUAUGAUAUGAUGAUCCCAUUUCCUGACAAACCUAACAUUGAUGUGACUGAUGAAAUGGUCAGACAAGGCUAUAACGCCACACACAUGUUUCGUGUGGCCGAGGAGUUCUUCACCUCUCUGGGUUUGGAGAGGAUGCCUGAGGAGUUCUGGGAGGGAUCCAUGCUGGUUAAGCCUCAGGGUCGAGAGGUGGUGUGCCACGCGUCUGCCUGGGACUUUUACAAUCGCAAGGACUUCAGAAUUAAGCAGUGCACCACAGUCACGAUGGAACAGCUCUUCACUGUACACCAUGAGAUGGGACAUAUUCAGUAUUACCUGCAGUACAAGGACAAGCCUAUGGGCUUCCGCAGUGGAGCCAACCCUGGUUUUCACGAGGCUAUCGGUGAUGUUUUGUCCCUUUCGGUUUCUACGCCCAAGCAUCUGGAAACCAUUAAUCUUCUGGAAUCUGUGACAUCUGACAUCGAAACUGACACCAACUACCUGCUAAAAAUGGCUCUGGAGAAGAUAGCCUUCCUUCCCUUUGGCUACCUUAUUGACCUCUGGAGAUGGGAUGUCUUUAGUGGAAAGACCCCUCCGGAGCGUUACAAUGCUGACUGGUGGUAUCUCAGAACAAAAUAUCAAGGCAUCUGCCCACCCACCAGGCGUACAGAGGAGCACUUUGAUGCUGGGGCAAAAUACCACAUCCCUGGGAACACGCCGUACAUCAGAUAUUUUGUCAGUUUCAUCCUUCAGUUCCAGUUUCAUGAAAAACUUUGCGAAGCAGCCAAGCACACAGGUCCCUUGCACACAUGUGACAUCUACCGGUCUGCGGAGGCGGGAGCCAUUUUAAAGAAAGUCCUUCAGGCCGGCUCAUCUGAAAGCUGGCCAGUUGUGCUCCAGGAUGCUAUAGGCACUAAUAAAUUAAAUGCCAGCUCACUCAUGAAGUACUUUGAGCCAAUUAUUGAGUGGUUGAACAAGCAAAAUGUGAAUGAGACGUUGGGAUGGCCAGACUUCAACUGGGUCCCACCUAUGCCUGAAGGCUACCCAGAAGAUAUCGACAAGAACACAGAUGAGCUUGAUGCGCAGAAGCUUCUGGAAGAGUACAACAGUACAGCUGAGGUGGUAUGGAAUGCAUACACUGAGGCCUCCUGGAAGUACAACACCGACAUCAAUGAAGCCAAUAAGCAGGCAAUGCUUGAAAAGAACCUGGAGAUGUCAGCACACACCUUGAAGUAUGGACUGCAGGCCCGUCAAUACGACACCACUGACUUCCAAGAUGGCUCGGUCAAACGCAUCAUUAAAAAACUCAGUGACAUCGAGAGGGCUGCGCUCCCCUCUGCAGAACUGGAAGAGUACAAUACGCUCCUGUCCAACAUGGAGACCAAGUACAGCGUGGCUGAGGUCUGCAGAGAGAAUAAUGAAUGCCUCCCUCUGGAUCCAGAUCUCCAGAAGAUCAUGGCAGAGUCCAGGGAUUACGAUGAGCUGCUAUUUGCCUGGAAAGGAUGGCGAGAUGCUGCUGGCAAAGUACUCCGUCAGGAUUAUAAGAGAUAUGUUGAACUGGCCAACAAAGCUGCCACACUAAAUGGUCACUCUGAUAAUGGAGCUUUCUGGCGUUCCCUGUAUGAAACGCCUACCUUUGAAGAAGAUCUGGAGACUCUGUGGAAGGAGCUGGAGCCACUCUAUCUAAACUUGCAUGCUUAUGUUCGAAGGGGUCUAUACAAUAAGUAUGGCUCCAACUAUAUCAACCUAAAGGGGCCUAUUCCUGCUCAUUUACUUGGCAACAUGUGGGCACAGACGUGGUCUGGCAUAAUGGAUUUGGUCAUACCCUACCCAGACGCUACACAGGUUGACGCCACCCCAGCCAUGGUGCAGCAGGGAUGGGAUGCCAUCAGAAUGUUUCAGGAAUCUGACAAAUUUUUCACCUCACUUGGUUUGGAGCCAAUGCCGCCGGAAUUCUGGAACAAAUCUAUGCUGGAGAAGCCGUCUGAUGGACGCCAGGUGGUGUGCCACGCCUCUGCGUGGGACUUCUAUAACCGAAAAGACUUCAGGAUCAAGCAGUGCACUGUUGUCACAAUGGAUGACCUGAUCACCGUGCACCACGAGAUGGGCCACAUUCAGUAUUUCCUGCAGUACAAAAACCAGCCCGUGUCCUUCCGUGACGGAGCCAACCCCGGCUUUCAUGAGGCCAUUGGAGAUGUACUUGCCUUGUCUGUGUCGACACCCAAACAUCUGCAGAGCAUCGGCCUCCUGGACAAGGUUGAGAACAACUAUGAGAGUGACAUCAACUUCCUGAUGAGCAUUGCACUUGACAAGAUUGCCUUCCUACCUUUCGGCUACCUGAUGGACCAAUGGAGGUGGAAGGUGUUUGAUGGACGCAUCCCACACACCGAGUACAAUAAAGAAUGGUGGAACCUCAGAUUGAAGUACCAGGGAUUGUGCCCACCUGUAACACGCACUGAGGAGGACUUUGACCCAGGUGCAAAGUUCCACAUCCCAGCUAACGUUCCCUACGUCAGGUAUUUUGUCAGCUUCGUCAUCCAGUUUCAGUUCCACAAAGCUCUGUGUAAUGCUGCCAAGCAUAAUGGACCUUUAUACACUUGUGACAUCUACCAAUCCAAAGAAGCUGGAAAGCUCUUAGGUGAUGUAAUGAAGCUGGGCUUCAGCAAGCCCUGGCCUGAGGCUAUGGCUAUGAUCACUGGCGAGUCCAAAAUGAGUGCCCAGCCACUCAUGGAGUACUUCCAACCUCUCAUUGAAUGGCUUGAGAAGGAGAACAGCAAGAACAAUGAUGUUCGCGGGUGGCCAGAUUACGACUGGAAGCCUUUUAGUGAAUCUCCAACAGGUGAAGCUAAAACAGUGGAUUUCCUGGGUUUAAAUGUGAACAGGUCGGCUGCCACAGUCGGCCAGUGGAUCCUGUUGGCCCUCGGCAUGCUGCUAUUGGUGGUCACCAUCCUUAUGGCCUACAUGUACAGGAAGGCAAGAAAGCCUGAAAAGUCCUUGUCUACUAUGGAGCUGAAGCAAAAAGAUUAGCCAUGUUUGAAGACUGAACGACGAGAGUGAAGCCUGACUUACUGUAGCUGGCACAAUACCAACCUCAAUGUGAACAUCAGUGUUUUUUGUGUACUGCACAACAUCUGAACAAAUUUGCUCCUCAUGUUUUGUCUGCCUACCAAGUUUUGCAUAUUUAUUGUAUACACAAAAACACAAAAUUCCUUACUUGCCUAUGCAAAAGAACACAUGCAAUUUGUUUUUGUAAUUUAUUUGUAAGCUUUGAUGUUAAAGAAGGAAGAGUUUUAAAAUGAAAAAAUGAAAAUUUGUAAAGUCAUUCAUUGUGUAAGUGUUUCUGAAUAUUUGAUUUUUUUCUAAUAAGUUGAAUCCUCAGCAUUUCUACAAUAAAGACAUUAAAUAUUUA